AUGGAACAUGUUGCAGGAGUAAAGGCCGACGAGGUGGUUUUCAACAUCUUGUUUGACAUCGCAAUCAAAGCCGGAGCAUUCAAAGUUGCUGAUCACCUGGAGGAGGAGAUGACUGAGAGGGGCAUGGGGUUUUCACGCUGCGGAAAGGUGUCUAAAAUUUACUACUUUGGACUAUUGCGAGAUGCAGAAGGCAUUCGAUUCGCAUUUGAUGACUUUAUAAAAUCUGGAGAAAUUGUUGAUACAGUUGUCAUGAACUGUCUCAUUGCCUCGUUUCUCCGAGCCGGUGAGAUCCAAACGGCAGAGCAGCUUUAUUCCGGCAUGCUGGAGCAGCAACAAAGCAAGAACAAACACAUUUUGCCUUCUGACGAUGGUUCAUCCAAUCACAUCGAUGGACCUAAUUUGAGCUAUGAUAUGCCCCGGUAUCGGCAACGAGCCCGGAAGCUGGGCCGCGUAUUGAAGAAGUCAUCAGCACUGAAGGAAAAGUUCCCCGAAUACCACCGUGCUCUUCAAGAUUCUCUCUCUAUGACGCCGGAUACACGAACUUUCCAUAUAUUCCUACGGCACUACGCACACAAUACUGGCCAGCUUGAUAGUUUCAUGGCUGUCAUGCGGGACAUGGAAAAGACCUUUGUGGUUCCCCCACGCUCGAUCAUCUAUAUGUUCCUCUUUGAAGGAUUCGCUCUUCAUGGUCGGAGGAAGAAGCAAUGGAGCGCGGAAAAUCUCCGGCUGACAUGGCAUGCUUACAUACGAGCCUUGCGUGACUCAAAUGCAAGACUCCGUGGCCUAUAUCUGAAUAACCAAAAGAUAAAGUGGGAAAAUCCAUUGGCCAAGAGCGUGGCAAGUGAUUUAAUCGAUGAGCUUCCGGUGACCGAUGUUCCCAACGGGCUGUAUGUGUCAUUGCCGUCAGAAGACACAGCCUCGAAUACAGAACAAGGCGCCGAAGAAACAGCAGAAAGCUCUACCACAAUUGACCCACUCCUCGAUGAUGAAGGCUCAAAAUCUCGGUUGGACGAAGAAGAUGAAUACUCAGAUAUAGAGGAACUUGAUGCAAACGAGGUCUUUGGUCCUAGCUCGGAUUUCCCACGCUCGGAACUUUCCGACGAGCCUGAACAAAUCCCCUGGGAUCCUGAGCAGCGUAUUGAAAAUGGCCUGUUCAUCGGGCGUCGGAUGAUUACCACAAUCUUGCAAGCAUUCGGAACAUGCUGUGGCCCCAAAGAGGUCCUGGAGGUUUGGCUUCAACUUGAGCGACUGUGGCAUCCACAACAGCGCAAAGCAAUCGAUGUUCUUGCUGUCAAGGAAGAGCUAGAUAAGCAGAUGUCCAGGGAUCCACCUCGGAGGCGUUGA